CAAAAAAUCUUAAAAAGAAAACUAUACACAGAAAUAGAGGCAAAAUUCACUGUGCACAAUCUAAUUCCUCUUCAGACAGUACACUCACCAUUUACGUAUUUACGGAAUGAAUGAAUGAUUGGGAACUUACUCUCAUCGCUUUUAUUUUGAAAAGCUGUUCUUGCACGCGCUCUGAACAGCUUUAUACGACAAUAGUAUAAUUUACUUUAGAAUUCGGCCACACACCUCUUAACCAGAAAUGGCUGAAUAUCUUCAUCAGAAUGAAAGAUGAGAAAAAUCAGGAUGAAAACGUUGUUGUUGCUGCUUCUCUUGUGUCAUGUUUCAUCAUCAGUGAAACACUCACUGAAGUAUUACACAACUGUGCCCUCUGGAGUCCCAAACCUUCCAGAGUUUAUGAUCGUAGGACAGGUUGAUGACAUCCAGGUGAUUUACUGUGAUGGCUGCAACAAGACAUUAGAAACAAGACAGGACUGGAUGAAAAAAUUAUUUGACAACGAUUCUCAAGUCUUUGAAUGGCACACUGACCAGUGCUUUAAGAGUCAACCUCCCAUCUUCAAAAGAAGACUGAAGAAUUUGAUUGAGAGUUUCAACCACAGUGAAGGUUCAGGUGUUCACAUUUUGCAGACUAUCCAUGGGUGUGAAUGGGAUGAAACGACUGGAGAGGUCACUGGUUUUGCACGGUAUGGUUAUGAUGGAGAAGGCUUCAUUGAACUGGAUCUAACGACGUUGACGUGGACCACUCUGAGACCAGAGGCUGAUAUUAUCAAACAGAAAUGGGAUGCAGAUACAGAAAGAAUAAAAAUCAAUCAGGAAUUCCUCACUAAGAAAUAUCCUGAGUUGCUGAUGAAGAUUUUGAAGUAUGGGAACAGCUCUCUGCUGAGAACAGACGUCCCCUCAGUGUCUCUCCUCCAGAAGACUCCCUCCUCUCCAGUCAGCUGCCACGCUACAGGUUUCUACCCUGACAGAGCCACGAUGUCCUGGAGGAAAGAUGGAGAGGAGAUUCAUGAAGGAGUGGAACAAGGAGAGAUCCUCCCCAACCAUGAUGGAUCCUUCCAGAUGAAUGUUGACCUGGACAUUUCAUCAGUCUCACCUGAAGACUGGAGGAGGUACGACUGUGUGUUUCAUCUCUCUGGUGUGGAGGACGACAUCAUCACCAAACUGAAUGAAACACAGAUCAGAACCAACUGGGUUGAGAAGCCUGAUGACAUGAACUCCACCAACAUCAUCAUCAUCUCUGCAGCGGUUGUUGUUGUUGUUGUUGUCGUCUUUGCAGCAGCUGCUGGAUUCAUGGUUCAUAGAAAGAGACAAGACCAAUAUUGUCCAUCUGAUCUGAAAGAACUGAAACACUCACUGAAAUAUUACACCACUGUGUCCUCCGGAGACCCAGAACUUCCAGAGUUUAUGAUCGUAGGACAGGUUGAUGACAUCCAGACAGACUGGGUGAAAAAAUUAUUUGACGACGAUCUUCAAGUCUUGGAAUGGCACACUGAGCAGUGUUUUGAGAGUCAACCUCCCGCCUUCAAAAGCAGACUGAACAGUUUGAUCGAUAGUCUCAACCACAGUGAAGGUUCAGGUGUUCACAUUUUACAGGUUAUGCAUGGUUGUGAAUGGGAUGAAACAACUGGAGAGGUCACUGGUUUUGCAUGGUUUGGUUAUGAUGGAGAAGACUUCAUUGAACUGGAUCUGAAGACGUUGACGUGGACCGCUCUGAGACCAGAGGCUGAUAUUAUCAAACAGAAAUGGGAUGAAGAUACAGUUAGAAUGAAACGCAAUGAGGAAUUCCUCACUCAGAUUUACCCUGAGUUGUUGAAGAAGAUUUUGAAGUAUGGGAACAGCUCUCUGCUAAGAACAGUGUCUCUCCUCCAGAAGACUCCCUCCUCUCCAGUCAGCUGCCACGCUACAGGUUUCUACCCUGACAGAGCCAUGAUGUUCUGGAGGAAAGAUGGAGAGGAGAUUCAUGAAGGAGUGGAACAUGGAGAGAUCCUCCCCAACCAUGAUGGAUCCUUCCAGAUGAAUGUUGACCUGGACAUUUCAUCAGUCUCACCUGAAGACUGGAGGAGGUACGACUGUGUGUUUCAUCUCUCUGGUGUGGAGGACGACAUCAUCACCAAACUGAAUGAAACACAGAUCAGAACCAACUGGGAGAAGUCCAGUAAAAAGACCUCCACCUCCAUCAUCUCUGCAGUGGUUGUUGUUGUUGUUGUUGUCGUCUUUGCAGCAGCUGCUGGAUUCAUGGUUCAUAAAAAGAAACAAGACCAAUAUUGUCCACCUGAUCUGAGAACAUCUCUGAGCUCUCUGAGACUGAAACCAGAAACCUGACUGACACCAAGUCACUUCCAGUCUACAGGAUUUUCAUUAAUCAUGUAUCAACUUAUCAUAGUAUUAAAACUAAUAAUCGUGUUAUUAGAACUAGUAGAAGUAUGUGUUUAUAUAAUGGCUUACAAUACGAACAUGAAUUACAUUUAUACACUAAAUAUUGACAUUUAUAAAAACUCCUGAUACUAGAUUCCUGAGAUCACAUUUGUUUCUAUACUAAGACAUGAUCUCAUGGAGUCUGCUGUGCUCUUUCUACUUAACAUUUUUUUUUUCAUGUGCUGACCUUUAGCUUCAAAUCAUGAUUCAGAAAUGCUUAUGCAGUCUGCUACUGACUGUUGUAAUACACUUUUUAUAUCAGAUUUCAAUAUACACCUGGACAGUGCCUCCAACCCUCUCACCAUCAGGAAAGCUGGCUCUGUCAUUGGCUACACACAGGAAACUUUUGAGGUGGUGGUGGAGAGGACACUUAACAAACUGUUUUCAAUCAUGGAUAAUCCUGACCACCCUCUCCACCAGAUGAUAGACAGACAAC